GUGCAACCAAAACUGAGAAAAUCCUAACAAAAAACAACGAAGUGCCAAAAACAAUCAAGACAUGUAAAGUAUUCAAAAGCCAAAGAACAAGAUGAAUGGAACAAUUAUUAUUAAGGGAUCAAUUUAUCAAUAGACAUCCUUUUACAAAAAACAAUUACUUCACGCUACUAUCAAAAAAAAAAACUAUAAUAUGAUAAACGUAACAAAUUUUGUAAAUUAAGGUUACAAUUCCUAAACUAAUACCAAACAGUAUCUGUAGCAUAUUUAAAUGUCAGACGUAUUUAUUAAUCUGUGUGCAUUGUAAAUUGUUACAAAAUGGAAAUCGUGUUACAAGUAAUGUUGUUACAAAAAUGAAACGCAUAGUUUUUGUAUGAAAAUGCACUGUUUAUUAUGGAGAUGUUGCGUGAGAGAGUAUUAUUUUGAACAUAUAGUGGGGUGGUUAUGGGCGUUUUGCCCUAAGGCGGGACACAGUCAGUGAUGAAGAAGCAAAAUGUUCGCACUCUAUCCUUGAUUGUGUGCACAUUCACUUAUCUACUGGUCGGCGCAGCUGUCUUUGACGCCCUCGAGUCUACCACUGAGAGGAACAGAUUUGAAGUUUUACAAGCAAUCGAAGGGAUGAUUAAAGAAAAGUACAACAUAACCGAGGAGGACUUCCGUGUGAUGGAGACGGUGGUGCUGAAGUCUGAGCCGCACAAGGCCGGCCAGCAGUGGAAGUUCACUGGCGCCUUCUACUAUGCCACUACUGUGUUGACCACUAUUGGUUACGGUCACUCCACGCCGGCGACGAUUGGUGGCAAGCUAUUCACGAUGUUCUACGCCAUUGUUGGGAUCCCUUUAGGGCUUAUAAUGUUCCAGAGUAUCGGCGAAAGAGUUAAUAGACUUAGCAGCGUAAUAAUAAAGUCAAUAAAGCGCGCAUUGAACUGCAAGCAGACGAGCGCGUCCGAAGUUGACCUUAUCUGUGUGGUGACGACGCUCUCGUCGCUCACCAUAGCGGGCGGCGCUGCGGCAUUCUCCAAGUUCGAGGGCUGGAGCUACUUUGACAGCGUCUACUACUGCUUCAUCACUCUUACUACCAUCGGUUUCGGUGACAUGGUGGCAUUACAAAAGGACAACGCCCUAAACCGCAAACCAUCGUAUGUGAUGUUCGCACUCAUCUUCAUACUGUUUGGGCUGGCCAUUGUCGCCGCGUGUCUCAACCUGCUGGUGCUGCGCUUCGUCACCAUGAACACCGAGGACGAGAAGCGCGACCAGCAGCAGGCCGAACAGGCGCAACAAGUGGCGGUGCGGCUGGAGGGUGACGUCAUCACGGCGGACGGCGCCGUGCUGCGCGGGGUGGCGCGGGGCACCCGCCUGCCCGCCCCCUCCAGACUUAUUAGAGCUGGUGACGCGUCAGCUAUUCCUUUGUACUCUGAUGAUGACUAUUCACCAAGUGUAUGCAGUUGUUCGUGUAACUGUUUCGGACCUAAUCGGUCAAUACCAUACCGGGACCCAUUGUCUCCCGUCUUACCGACAAACAUAAAGCAAUUGAGGGCCAAAAACUACCGCGAAUUGGGCAGCAUACCGCGGUACAUCGAAAAAUCAUCAUCGAAAAACCAUUCGCAGUCCUUAAGAUUAAAUUCCGCGUCGGGUUACCUUUACAUGAACGCAAAAACCAACGAAUUCCAAAUAGACCCCGAGGACUUCCGCGAUAUAGUUGCCAAGCGACGCGAACAGUUGCGCAAAGGGAUGAUGUCGUACGACAUAUCGAACGACCGAUAUCUCGAUCCGUACAAGAAUAGUUUCAAUCGCGAAAGCCCUCACAGUUCCUCUCUAUACUCUAUGAAUAUCAGAACAGAGAAUCGCUCCAACGAUCCCUUAGUCGAUGAUUACGAUUCCGAAAAAUCUAGUUACGCUAAAAAGAAGCUAAUGAAAAACAUUGCGAGGAAUACUAAUAAUAAGCGGGUAGAGAACUAUUUUUACGAUGACGCAGUGUUGCAUUUCGAUGACGAGUACACUUUCGAUGGAUCGAUAAUUUUCGCUAAGAGGAGAAAAUCGAUUGACAGGAAUUGGGAUGAAUUCACUUGUGAUUUGCCGAAAAAUUCGAUUUACGCUGACCAGGUGUCAAAUGAUGGAAGCUACGGGUAUUAUUUACCCGAUGAUGAUGAACAGGAUCAGUAUUUCCUGAACGACACCCUGACCUUCAAUCUUCCACCACAUCGAGCGAGUAUAUAAUCGAGGGAAAAAUCAAACCAAAAUCGAGAUUAAUCGAGUUUAGGUAAGAUUUAAGUGAAAUUACUUGAUAAUGAUAAAUCUAAGGUCGACAUAAUCUUGGAUUCUUGGAUAUGUUGUUAAUUUCGAUCGCUAACUACGGUGCGACGUAAAAGAGUAGAAGUUAAUAAAAAUGGAAAAAAUGAUUUUUUUUUUGUGUGGCAACACCAUAUUUUGUCAAAUUAUUAAAACCAUAGUUGAAAUUCGUAUAAUUACCAGAAGAAUAUAAUUUGUUUAUAUGAGAUUGACUUGCAUUUAUUUAAAGGAGAUGGUCCAAAAUUGUAGCGGAAAUAACAGAAGAUAUUUUUUUAAUUAUUUUUAAUUAUACAAAUCUACAAAUUUAAUUUAAUUCUUUCGAAAUAGUAUUCAUUAUCUCCCAAGAAAUGAAACACUUUUAAGGAUAAUAAUGGCGGAUAGAUGACGUUUUCAAUGCAGUAAUCGAUUUGACGUUUGCUAUCAAAUGUCAUGUCAUAGUGGCUCUAUGGGCGCCAUCUUGAUAUUACUCAAAAACUUGGGUUUUAAUUUUAUUUAUUUAUUUUUAUUUAGUUAGAUUUAUUCACUUUAAUAAAUUUUAAUAAAAUCCUUGUAUUUUUUUAAUUUUAAUGAUACGGGGUACAAAAGUAGACCUGAAAUGGACCAUAUCCUAUAAUAAAUAUAAAUAAUUAAAUUAACUAUCUUAGUACCCAUAUCACAUGAUGCUUAGAUAGUUUUUUCAAAAUAUAUUUAUUAAUACUAGAUAAUAAUAUUAUUUUCAACAGAUCAUCUAGUUAAAAAUAAGAACAUAAUAUUACCUGCGUAUAGAAUGAAAUAUCAAUUAUUAUCAAGUAUCAAGGUUGUUGCAAUUCCAACUGGAUGACAGUACACAGGGUUACCCUAUGAACGACAAUAAGUGACUGCAGCGCCCUCAUUUGUUUUCUACUCUUUUAUGUCGCACUAUACGUCUGUAGAAACCGAUUUUACCCUUAUUAUGCUGUUUUCUAUUUGACAAGCUUUUUACCUUGAUUGUAUUAGUGAUCAUAGACAAAUUAAAAAUUAAAAAUAAUGAGGUUACUUACCGCAGUCAAUUUUGUCUGCUGCUAAGUAUCAGCAAUGUCUAUUUACUGUGAAAUACGUACCGGUAUGUGAUUUAGCGUUCCAGUACGAUGCGUUUAAACCAUAUAUCAAAAAUCUAUUUGAACUGCAUCUAUUAAACUUCAAAUAAACUAAAAUUUAAUUUUAUAGUGAUAAAUAAUUAACGAAAUAAACAAAAUAUAUACAAGUAAUACAUGCUAACUAAUUAAUCAACUUCAAUUAUUGUUUUAAAGGAAAAUAUCAUUCAUUAUACAGUGACCCAACUUAAUAAAUGUUCUUGAUACUUGAUAAGACUUUUGCAAGUACAAA